CUCGGCUCGCCCGCCGCGGCUCGCCGCUUCCCAACCGCCCGCGUCCGUCCGCGGCCAGGCAGCGGUGGGGAUGGCGAGCCGCGGAACCGGGGCGGUGACGAGCGCAGCGGCUCCGCCAUUGGGCAAGGAGGCCUGAGGGACGGGCUGCCCGGCUGGGUGCAGCAGGGACACCGGAAACGGCAGCCUCGGCAGGGCGAGGGCGAUGGAGGCCAACGUGCCGCCGAAGCGGAAAGAGCCAGCCAAGUCCCUCCGCAUCAAAGUCAUCUCCAUGGGCAACGCCGAAGUGGGCAAAAGCUGCAUUAUAAAGCGCUACUGUGAGAAGAGGUUUGUGUCCAAAUACCUGGCGACAAUCGGAAUUGACUAUGGAGUCACCAAGGUCCAAGUCAGAGACAGAGAAAUCAAAGUUAACAUCUUCGACAUGGCUGGACACCCCUUCUUCUAUGAGGUACGAAACGAAUUUUACAAGGACACACAGGGUGUGAUACUGGUCUAUGACGUUGGACAGAAAGACUCGUUUGAUGCCCUGGAUUCAUGGCUGGCAGAAAUGAAGCAGGAGCUUGGGUCUCACGGGAACAUGGACAAUAUUGUCUUUGUUGUAUGUGCCAACAAGAUUGACUGCGCCAAACACCGCUGUGUCGAUGAAAGCGAGGGGCGUCUGUGGGCUGAAAGCAAGGGCUUCCUGUACUUCGAAACGUCAGCACAAACUGGAGAGGGAAUCAGUGAGAUGUUCCAGACCUUUUACGUGUCCAUAGUGGACUUGUGUGAAAAUGGCGGGAAACGCCCUACUGCAAAUAACAGUGCUAGUUUCACCAAAGAACAAGCAGACACCAUUCGCAGAAUCCGAAACAGUAAGGACAGUUGGGACAUGCUGGGAGUCAGACCCGGGGCCUCCAGGGAGGAAGUCAAUAAGGCCUACCGGAAGCUGGCUGUGCUGCUUCACCCGGACAAAUGUGUAGCGCCCGGCAGUGAAGACGCCUUCAAAGCGGUUGUGAAUGCCCGGACAGCCCUCCUGAAAAAUGUCAAGUAGAAGGCAGAGGAGGCGACAGGCGGCCUCAGUGCAGACUCCCCGAGGUGAAAUAACCAGCGUGGACUUUUCCUUCCCAGAUGCUCACCGUUCGGUUCCCUCAUGUGCUGUCAUUUGUGAGUUAAUAGUGUGGGUGCCUGUACCAUGUUGUGGGCCUUUCGCAGCGAGAUGACCUGCUUUUGUGUGAGGGAGAGCCCCACGUCUCCUGUGCACUGCAUUUCAUUUCUUAUUGCCAGAUAACUCAGUGUUCGUAAUUGUAGCAUCGCUUAGGCAUUGGCUUCUGAAAGUCCAUGAGGCUUCUAGAGACGGGAAGGGCAGCAGGACGCUUUGACUCACCGCCUCUCC